UUGGAAUUUUGAUAAAUCAUUGUUCGAUCGAUCUUCAAGAUGUGAAGGAUAUUAGAAAAUCUUUCGGCAAUCAAUCUUAGGGGUAUGUAACCUACUUGAAGGUUUUAUUUCCUAAAACUGUGGUAAAUUCAAGUUAGUAAUCGUUAAUGUAAUUUUGUUACAGCUCGUCCCAAAAUGUGCAUAAUUUAGCGUCUUAGAGCCUACCUAAAAUGGCGGCUGCUAAUCUUUUUCCUUCAAUUUAACAUAACUUGCAAAACCUAAUGUAACGUCAACCACCUCUUCGUCUUGCCACGCGGUCUGCAGGCGCCGUCGUUGGUAUAGGAAAUAAUGGACCCGGCAUAAACCCCGGUAAGUCAUUUAAUCGCUUCAUUGCCGUAAUUUAAAUCGCGCUGUGCCUCAGUUUAAAAUAUAAUUUUUCUAUAAAACUAAACGUGUUAAAACAUAAUUUUUUAACCUAGAACAUUUUCUUUGUUCUUAGGGUUUUUUUCUGGACCCUGGUUUUUUCCUGGACCCUGGUUUUUCUGGACCCUGGUUCUCUAAGGCUGUGCCAUCCGGUGGCAGCGUUCUUCUUGGCAGUGUCCGUGAAGUUAAGACUUUUAUGAAUAUACCUUUAGUUAAAUAUGGACUCUUUACGCUGAACAGGUAACCUGUAAUCCCUGUGAGCAAUUGCUUACUGCUAAACAUCCCCGGAGGUUGGGGCAUAACUUUUACUUUAGACAGUGUUAUGUUAGGAAGACAAAUUUUGAUAUUGUUGUCCGUAGACACAGAGAUGUCUAUGAUGUAUUUAGUGUAAAUUUCAAGAAAUAGUGGUGUCACUAAGAAGUAUUUAGUAUUACUUAUUUACUAAUAAAUAACUCGUGUUGACCGUAGCGGGUCAUAUAUAUUUAAGGAAUAAAGGUGUGUAUUAAAUAAAUUUGGGAUUUUCAUUUGGAUACGUCAUGCGCUUGAUGAGGAUAGUAUCCUGGCGUCCUACCUUAAAUUUUUGGAUACCUAUUCUCACUCCAUAGUGGCCUGAACCGCGACCCUAUCUAUGAUUGUAGUUAGCCGAAGGUAUUUGUGAACUUUUCAGUAGUGAAGUUUGGUGAGUUCUGGAUCACUCCAUAGAAACACGUUUCCUUCUAUGGAAACGGUCUUUAACAAUAAUAGAAUCGGAUCUUCUCCAUAUCCAGAGCUCACCCACACCUAUUACAGUGGCAUGCCCAACGUAUGGCCUAUGGAGUAUGACAUGUCCAAGUGAAACAUUUUUGCAUUAUUUUAGUAUUAAGGUUAUUUUAUGUAAAAGGGAUUGCAAGUUAUUGUUUUAAAUUGUUGCUUGAGUUGGAGGUUAAACUUAUAAAUUUAACCAACUUAUAAAUAAAACUAUACUACGCUAAAUAAUUAGCCUUACAUAAGAGAAAUUUUCUCACUAUUUUAAAAUACUUUAAAAGGGUUAAAAUCUAAUAAAGUUUUAACUUACUUUAAAAUAUUACAAUUCAAAACCUGACACUGACUUACUUCUGAUAUUAAAUAUCAAUCUUAAAAAAUGGAUUUCCUAAAUGCGGGAUGUAAAAUCAUACAUUUACAUAAAGACGAAAUGGCACAUGAACUGGCGAUUCGCAGACUUCCGGUUAAUCCUGUAUCGCGUCGGUCCAGCUUAUGUCAUGCGUUAAAACAGACUGCAGAUUUAGCCAAAAAGGGUAGUUUGAAGUGCCAGGACUUGUUAAUAAGUAACGAAGUUGCCGAAUUGGAGCUCUGCCAACGUAAGGUAGAGGAAAUAGAUUUAGAAGCGAAAGGAGACUUAACGGCGUCGGCGAUUGAUAGACUAUCCUCGCGAUGCAAAUAUCUUUUGUGUCGUGUUUCACGGUUACCUCAGGAGACCGAAGCGGUACUUCUGUUGAAAACAUUAAUUACUUCUUUAUUAGAUCGGUUGAAUGAGCAAGGCUCUUCUGCGUCGUCUGGGUCAGAUGAUGAUUUUCAAUCUCCUAACGAAUCUCGUAUUGUUAGGGAAAUUAUUUAUAAAACGGACAAGACUUUCAACAUAAAUUCCUUGAAUUUGAAAUUCAAAGGUGACACCUGCGUUCGUACGUUUCUGUCUCGCCUCGAGGAGUUGCGAGAUGCCAGAGGAAUUUCAGAGAGUCGUAUAUAUAGGGGAUUUCCUGAAGUUCUUGAGGGUCCGGCGUUGUCGUGGUUCCGGUCGCAACGUACGAAACUUACUACAUAUAAGGAGGUCACCGCGGCUCUACAAGAGGAGUUUGACAUACCUGAUUUGGAUCACCAAUUGUGGCAGGAAAUACGGGCUAGGACUCAAGCCAAGUCCGAAACAAUUGUCUUUUUCGUAUCAACCGUGUUAGGGAUGUAUGAGCGUCUGACGAAGGAGGUUCCUGAGCAAGAGAAGCUGGAUACUAUGAUGCGGAAUAUUCGCCCAGAGUAUUCCAAGGAUUUAGCCUUACACGACAUAGAAUCGAUAGAGCAAUUGAAGUCUUUGUGUAAGCGCAUUGAAUUGGCGCAAGUCAAGGCGAAGCAGUUUCGCGAACCGAUUCUCUCAAACAAGACUAAUGAUUCUUCCUCUGACAAUCCGUCGAAGAAUGUAGAACCUCGUAAUAAGUCGUUUCAGUCUCGUUUCCCUAAUUCUUCCAGAAACUUCGUUGCUUCUGUGGCACAAAGCUCUUCUCACACGAAAUGUUUUCGAUGUGGUAGGUCCAAUCAUAACACUAAAGAGUGUAAGAGCUCUCGAGAGAUCGUUUGCUUUAAAUGCGGAGAAAAAGGGGUGAAAACUCCAGAAUGUGUUAAAUGUAACUCCAAGACAAAAAACUAAAUAGGGUCUUUUCUGCUAAUAACAAUUCUAGAUCUUCUGCUCCCUGUCGUGCAGAAAAGACAAUCUUCUUUAAUCCUCCGAAGGGAGAUGACAGGGUAUAUGCUCUCUUAAAUAUACUUAACUUGAAUUUCAAGGCGUUAUUAGAUUGUGGAGCCAGUGUUAGUUUCCUGGGCCACAACAGCCAUUUAGUAUUCGCCACCGGUGGGAUACCUAUUCAAAAACAUACUAAACCGGUUAUGGUGAAUGUAGCUGACGAUCAUCGAAUCGUAGCCACUGAAUAUGUGAUUAUACCAGUAAAUUAUAAAGGUCAAGUUAAACUUAUACAUUUUAAUAUUCAACCGGAGAUUGCUACUCCAAUGGUACUUGGUUUAAACUUUUGGAGAGCCUAUGGAUUAGCUCCUGGCCUCAUUACUGAUAUAGAAAAGACUGAUUCUCAUUAUAUUGCUAGUCUUGACGUUUUACCGUCAGAGACAGGACUUACUACAUAUGAUUCUUUAUCUUCUGAACAAAAAUCUCAACUUGAGACUACUAAAUCUCUUUAUGAUCAAAUUGAUACGGAUAAGGUUGGUCUGGGAAAGACUCACUUAAUUGAACAUGUUAUAAAUACUGGGGAUUCUCCUCCGAUAAAACAAAAAUAUUAUCGACUCAGUCCUUUUAAACAAGCUGCUUUAGCGAAAGAAGUUGAUCGUAUGCUGAGGGAAGGAAUUGUCGAACCUUCGCAUUCUCCAUGGAAUUCUCCUGUCGUUAUGGUGGAAAAACCUAACGGAGAUUUAAGACUUUGUUUAGAUAGUAGAAAAGUAAAUGCAGUUUCAAAAUCUGAUGCGUAUCCCGUACCACACGUUCAAUAUAUACUGGACAACUUACGCGAUGCGAAAUUCCUUACAUCUCUUGAUUUAAGUGCGGCAUAUCAUCAGAUCCCUCUUAGUGAAGACUCCAAGGAGAAAACUAGUUUUACUGUACCAGGGAAGGGAUUAUUCCAUUAUAAGAGAAUGUGUUUUGGUUUAGUAGGUGCCUCUGCUACUAUGCAACGUCUCAUGGACAAUCUCUUUACUUCUCAUUUUGAUCACAAGGUUUUCUGUUAUAUUGAUGACAUAAUUAUUUGUACUUCCGAUUUUGAUGAACAUAUAAGGUUGCUCAAUGCCGUUUUUGAAAAACUAAAAUCGGCAAACUUAACUAUUAAUAUGAAAAAAUCAUCCUUCUGUAGGAGUGAACUUAAAUAUCUUGGGUAUUUAGUUGAUCGAUACGGUCUGCGAACCGAUCCGUCUAAAAUUGAUGUAAUUUUAAAUUUUCCUACUCCCAAAGAUGCUAAGGAUAUUAAACGUUUUCUGGGAAUGUGCGGUUGGUACCGACGUUUCAUUAAUAAUUUCGCAAAAAUAGCUCGUCCCUUAUCUCGCUUAACGAGUAAGAAAGUAAAAUUUGAAUGGACAGAUGAAGUCAACGAUUCUUUUAACAUACUUAAAUCUGCCUUAGUUUCUUCUCCUAUUCUUAAAUGUCCCGACUUUAAUGAAUGCUUCUAUAUCCAUACGGAUGCAUCUUCUUACGCCGUAAGCGCUGUUCUGAUUCAACCUUUUAAUGGAGUCGAUCAUCCUAUUGCCUACUGCAGCCGCACACUUAACCAACCAGAGACGAACUAUUCAGCUACUGAGCGCGAACUCUUAGCUGUGAUUUAUGGUCUUGAGCAAUUUCGUGCAUAUGUAGAAGGGAGAAAAUGUUAUAUUGUAACAGAUCAUGCAUCUUUAAAAUGGUUUCAAAACUUAAAAAACCCUACAGGACGAUUAAAUAGAUGGGCGUGUAGAUUGAGUCAAUUUAAUUUUGAAAUAAUUCACCGGAAGGGCAAAGAACAUGUCAUACCUGACUGUCUUUCUCGUAUUCACGUCAGUUCUUUAAAUUCUGCUACUAUUCAAGAUCCUUGGUAUCUUGAUCUAUAUAAAAAGGUGUCUGAAAAACCUACACUCUUUCCCAACUUUAAAAUUGAAAAUGAUAAACUUUUCCGUUACUCUAAGAAUAAGUAUCGUCUGACAGCUCAAUUUGACUGGAAGCUGGUACUUCCUUAUGAGCAUCGUAAUGAAGUCCUAAAUAAGUGUCAUGAUGAUCCUACAGCAGGUCAUUUUGGCGUGGGUAAAACUCAUUCCAAGAUAGCCGACAUAUAUUAUUGGCCUACUUUAUUUCAGGACGUCAAGGAUUACGUCGACUCUUGUGAAAUUUGUAAAACUUAUAAACCUGUUAACUUAGCUCGUCCUGGUUUGAUGGGUAAUCCACGACGUAUAUCGUCGCCAGGCGAAGCAAUAUCUUGUGAUAUUCUUGGUCCCUUUCCUCCAUCUUAUCUGAGAAAUCAGUAUCUCUUCGUAUGUGCUGAUUAUUUCAGUAAGUAUGUGACUUUGUUUCCACUACGCAACAUAACUGCUAAAGCUAUCGUUAAGUGUAUGGAAAAAGGGAUAUUUCUUAUACAUGGGGUUCCUAAAUAUAUAUUCUGCGACAAUGGUGUUCAAUUUACUUCCAAAGACUUUCGAGACUUAAUGUCCAAAUAUGAUGUCCCUCAUAAUUUCUAUAACCCUAGGUAUCAUCCUCAGACGAAUCAAACGGAACGAGUGAACCGUGAACUAGUAAGAACCAUUGCCUCAUACGUGCGUUCUGAUCACCGUAACUGGGAUAAGAACGUAUCGGAAAUACAAUGUGCAUUGAAUACAGCUCGUCACGAAGUAACUAAAAAUACACCGUAUUUCUUAACACAUGGUCGUCAAAUGAUUCUAGAUGGUUCCCUUUAUAAUAGCGAAGGUCCCAUAGAUCAAAACGCGCUCGAAUUAGAUACCAGUGGUGCUUUUUCUGAAAGACUUAAAGAGCUCAAAACUGUAUUUCAAAAAGUGCGUUACUCGUUGAUUGCCUCCCAUGAACGUAACGCUAGGUAUUAUAACAUGAGGAAGCGUCACGUAGAACUGGAAGAAGGACAAAUCGUUUAUAAAAGAUGUUUCCCAUUGUCAAAUGCAGCAAAACAUUUUUCUGCUAAAUUAGCGCCCCGUUAUGACAAAUGUGUCAUUCAUAAAAAAUUGAGUCCUCUUGUAUACUCUUUAAAAUCCUUAGAAGGAAAACUUCUAGGUAACUUCCAUAUAAAAGACAUUGUACGUCCUGGUGAAGCCGAGCCGUCUUCCUAGCGGUACUCGUCUUAACACCAAUUGGAUACUUACACUUGAAAAUAUCCUAUGUGAUACUAAAUAUUGAACGUACCUACUAAACUGAAGGCGACCUGGCACAAGCUGGUUUUCAUCAGACUGGGUAUUUGUUCCAUGUUUUUGUUUUUUAUUGGUACCGGGUGCACACGGACCAACAUUAAUCUUUCAUGUGUCCUUAUAAAGACAUAAAACUUUAAAUAAUCUGAAUAAACUGCAGAAACUUACUUUACUUAUAAACCCUAAAC